AUGCCCAGAAGCAAGAUCGGCGCCACGCCUCAGGCCGUCGCUGCCCUCAACGACCAGCCAUACCUGUUCACCAUCCUCAUCGUCGUGCUCCUCAUCCUUAUCCUUGAAGGCGUCUUCAUCUGGUACAUUCACUUCGCCACAAUGAAGCCCGAGCAGAAGAAAAAGAAGGAGAAAAAGGGAGCCAACGGCGGAGCCAAGGGCGGGGCUAAGAAGUAA